AUGGCUUCAGAAGGAGCAUGGCCAGUGCUGGGAACGGAUGUGACCAUGAACCCCGGUGCCUCCUUGUCUACUUUCACGGCAGUGCCCUUCCCUCCACCCAUUCCUGGCGCCCAGCACCGGCCACCCUGGCAGCAGCACCUGCCACGUCCCAUCACCCCAGCAUUCCCUCCUGGCAGCAGCCUGCUGCUGCCAGCUUUCCCCAGGACGCCUAUGGUGGCUAAUGGUGGCCGUGGCCCCAGUGCCCCUGGGGCUUGCAACCUCACUGUCCAAGUCAGGUCACAAGGGAGGACAGUGGAGGCCCCCCAGACUCAGACCUUUGUCGUUACUCAGGCCCCCCUCAACUGGAGCGCACCCGGGGCCCUCAGCAGGAGUGCUGCAUGUCCUGCACCCGUAUUCAUAGCAACCCCUGUGAUGGGGACCGUUGUGACUGCUCCAGCUGUUGGAGUUAGUCAGGCUGGCAAGGGAGGCUGGACCCCAGGCUUUCCUCCUCAAGCUCCACCACCAGCUGCCCAGCUGGCCCCUAUCAUUCGCCCAGUGAACUCUGGGCCAUGGCCACAUGGCACUUCCAGGGAGGGCCGCCUGGCCACCAACCAGUCCAACGCCUCGCACGAUGGCUCCUCUAACCCCCAGAGAGAGUACAGUAACUUCCGACGUUGGCAGCACAUCAAGCCCCUGGCCCGGAGACACUUUCACCUGAGUCCUGAUGCAGAAGCUUUUUCCUGCUUUCUCAUCCCAGUGCUUCGAUCCGUGGCCCGCCUGAAUCCCAACAUGCCGCUGGAGGAGGGACUGUGGAGGGCCGUGCAGGAAUGGCGGCGCUUGAGCAACCUUGACCGGAUGAUCUACUACGAGAGGGCGGAAAAGUUCAUGGAAUUUGCGGCCGAGGAGGAGACGCACAUUCAGCAUUUGCAGUGGAUGCAGUGCGCGCAGGACCUGCCUCCUCCAGCCCCACCGAAGCUGGGUCCUCGGGGGCCCCCAGCCCCGAAACCACACAGAUCCCAGUGGCGCCUGGAGCCCAAGGCGCCCAAGGAGAUUCCCCCUGAGACUGUGAGGGAGUAUGUGGACAGGAUGGAGGCGCUGGUGGGGCACGUCCACUCAGCCACAGGCAAGUCACCUGCAGAAUGUGGAAAGGACGGAAAUGAGCUGAAGCAGGAAGAGGGCGACACCUACUUGGACCCGUGUCUCUUGAGCUACACUGACGAGCUGCGUUCCCGGGAACACUCUGUCACCAAGGUGGAGGCAGUCAUUCAUCCUCGAUUCCUGGCAGAAUUGUUUUCCCCGGACCCACAGCUGGAUGUCUUGGCCCUUGCUGAGGAGCUGAAGCAGGAGGAAGGACUCACCCCUGAAGAACUGGUGCAGAAACGACUCCUGGCCUUGAAAGAGGACAAGGGUGGGCCGGCAGCCCCGAGCCACAGUGCACCCGGAAUGGGCUCAAGUCCAUCUGAGUCCCACGCCGGCCAAGGUGCCCAGAGGCACGACCAAGACCGCCAUCGAGGGGUCAGUGAUGAAGCCUGCCCAGCAGAGAUUGAUGUUGAGGCUCUUCAUAGGCCCAUCCGAACAGACACUGGCCCGUUCGUGCUCAGAGUCUUUGUUCCCUCUCGAGGAAGUCAGGAUGGCAAGGGAGGCUGGACCCCAGGCUUUCCUCCUCAAGCUCCACCACCAGCUGCCCAGCUGGCCCCUAUCAUUCGCCCAGUGAACUCUGGGCCAUGGCCACAUGGCACUUCCAGGGAGGGCCGCCUGGCCACCAACCAGUCCAACGCCUCGCACGAUGGCUCCUCUAACCCCCAGAGAGAGUACAGUAACUUCCGACGUUGGCAGCACAUCAAGCCCCUGGCCCGGAGACACUUUCACCUGAGUCCUGAUGCAGAAGCUUUUUCCUGCUUUCUCAUCCCAGUGCUUCGAUCCGUGGCCCGCCUGAAUCCCAACAUGCCGCUGGAGGAGGGACUGUGGAGGGCCGUGCAGGAAUGGCGGCGCUUGAGCAACCUUGACCGGAUGAUCUACUACGAGAGGGCGGAAAAGUUCAUGGAAUUUGCGGCCGAGGAGGAGACGCACAUUCAGCAUUUGCAGUGGAUGCAGUGCGCGCAGGACCUGCCUCCUCCAGCCCCACCGAAGCUGGGUCCUCGGGGGCCCCCAGCCCCGAAACCACACAGAUCCCAGUGGCCCCCGGAGCCCAAGGCGCCCAAGGAGAUUCCCCCUGAGACUGUGAGGGAGUAUGUGGACAGGAUGGAGGCGCUGGUGGGGCACGUCCACUCAGCCACAGGCAAGUCACCUGCAGAAUGUGGAAAGGACGGAAAUGAGCUGAAGCAGGAAGAGGGCGACACCUACUUGGACCCGUGUCUCUUGAGCUACACUGACGAGCUGCGUUCCCGGGAACACUCUGUCACCAAGGUGGAGGCAGUCAUUCAUCCUCGAUUCCUGGCAGAAUUGUUUUCCCCGGACCCACAGCUGGAUGUCUUGGCCCUUGCUGAGGAGCUGAAGCAGGAGGAAGGACUCACCCCUGAAGAACUGGUGCAGAAACAACUCCUGGCCUUGAAAGAGGAGGAAGGUGGGCCGGCAGCCCCGAGCCACAGUGCACCCGGAAUGGGCUCAAGUCCAUCUGAGUCCCACGACGGCCAAGGUGCCCAGAGGCACGACCAAGACCGCCAUCGAGGGGUCAGUGAUGAAGCCUGCCCAGCAGAGAUUGAUGUUGAGGCUCUUCAUAGGCCCAUCCAAACAGACACUGGCCCAUUCGUGCUCAGAGUCUUUGUUCCCUGUCAAGGACGUCAGGAGGUCUCUCCAUUCCGGGCCGGACGGCCCUCCCCUCCCCAGGGUCAAAGGCGCACUGGCCCUCUACUGGGACCCAGGGAUGCGUCUGUUCUCAGAGAGGCGUCUCCUGUUCCGGAGGCCCGAGGGCCCAGGGACGCGUCCAGUGAGGACGAGGAGGCGCUCCCCAGCGUGGCCUCCCUCUUGGCCUCUCCGCAGAGCCUGCCGCCUUGCUGGCUGUCCCAGAGUCCUGCCCCUGCCUCAGGCCUGGCCUCCCCUGGAGUUGCAUUUAGCCUGAUGAGAGGGAAGGAGGAGAUGUCGGUAGCUGGGCAGGUGGUUCUCCAGGAGCAAAUACACCGAGAUCUCCAGGCUUGGGUGGAGUAUGGCAUGUUGUCAAGCUCAGUGGUGUCCACCUCACCAGCCCACUGGAAUCAAGCCCCAGGGAGCCUUUCAGAGAGCAAGACCAAGGACUUUAAGAAGACUACGGUUAAUGUUAAGGAGCAGAGAUUCCACCGAGGGUGCCAGCUGCUGGCGUUCACAGCAGCUGUUGAUAGCACACCAUCAUCCAAGGAGUUCUUGAGCACCAACUUUGCACUACUCAGCAGCAUAAUGGAGAAAUCAAGGAUGGUCCAUGGAAAUAGCUAA